AUGCCUCAAGCUGCAAGAUGGGUGGGUUCUCCCUCAAUCCGAGGACGAAGAGAAUGGGUGCGCAUGGUGCUUUUGACUUUCAGUCUGCUGGGUUUACAGUUUACAUGGGGCAUUGAGAUGACAUAUUGCACGCCCUAUCUGCUUCAGCUCGGCCUCACGAAGUCUAGGACGUCGCUGGUCUGGAUUGCUGGUCCGCUUUCCGGGUUGAUCAUACAGCCGCUUAUUGGUGUGAUCGCUGACCGGUCUCGCUUGAAAUGGGGUCGGCGGAGACCAUUCAUGCUCGUGGGAUCGGUGGUGGUCGCAAUGUGCCUACUGCUGUUGGGGUGGACAACGGAGAUUGUCAGGAUGUUCGUCAAAGAUGCCGAGAAGGCCAAAAGCACUACUAUCGCCAUUGCCGUUCUGAGCAUCUACGCGGUAGAUUUUGCAAUCAAUGUUGCAGUGCAAGCGUGCUGUCGCAGUCUCAUAGUCGAUACGUUGCCGAUCCCGCUUCAACAAACUGGUUCAGCAUGGGCAACCCGGAUGACGGCCAUUGGACAGCUUAUAGGUUAUGUGAUCGGCUCGAUUGACACUGUCAAAAUCUUUGGGACUGCUUUUGGCGAUACGCAAUUCAAGCAAAUGACGGUCUUUGCUGCGUUAUCUCUAAUAGCGGCAGUUUCUGUCACAUCCUACGCGGUGAAGGAGCGAGUCCUGAUCACAGCAAGGGACUCCGAUGAUAAGGCCGGGGCGCUACAGGUGAUCUCCCAGUUGUGGAAAACAACAAUGGAGCUGCCACCGCGCAUUCAAGCGAUUUGCUGGGCCCAAUUUUGGGCCUGGAUUGGCUGGUUCCCGUUCCUGUUCUACAGCACGACAUGGGUUGGUGAGACAUACUUUCGCUACGAAGUUCCCAAGGAUGCGGUACGCCCAAGUGAUAUGCUAGGAGAGGUCGGUCGUGUUGGCAGUUCAUCACUGGUUGUCUUCUCAUCCAUCACCCUUUUUGGAGCUGUACUUUUGCCGUUCUGCGUACAGCCACCAGACAACAAACGGCCGCGGUUCACACCACGGCCACCUCCCGGAAUCGCCUCCCUAUUGAAGAAAGUCCCCAGCGUCCGUCCGGACUUGCAGACAACGUGGUUAAUCUCGCACAUCAUGUUUGCCGCCACCAUGGUUUUUGCCCCCCUGGCACGAUCGCGCGCUUUUGCAACAUUUUUAGUCGCUCUUUGCGGUAUCCCCUGGGCCAUCAGCUGCUGGGCCCCUUUCGCCUUCAUGGGGGUUGAAAUCAACAAACUAGCCAUGAAUCCGUCUCCAUCGUCCCGAGUGACCAUGAUUACGUCUUCGAGCAUUCGUUCGGGCGGCUUCGCCGACCGAACAGCCACGGACACGGAAAUGGACGUCCUCCGGCUCAACCACCACGAUUCAGACAGUGACAGCGACGUGGAGGAUGGCGGCUCUAGUGUCCCUUCGACAGGAGAGCUUGCGGGUAUUUACCUCGGCGUGCUGAAUGUAUACACAACCCUCCCGCAGUUUGUGGGCACAUUCAUCAGCUGGAUCGUGUUUAGUAUCUUCGAACCGGGCAGCACCAAGCGCGACGACUCUGCGCAGGAAUCGUCUCAGUGGAUGAAUCUGGAUAAGAGCAGACCCAACGCUAUCUCGAUCUGUCUAUUCAUCGGCGCCAUCAGCGCCCUCGUAGCUGUCGAAGCCACACGACGGAUGCGCCACGUGAUAUGA